AAAGAAGUGUGAUUUAAAUAAAUGAAUAUGCAUGCAUGGAGAAUGAGACGAGCGGCGGGGUCACGAGAAGGAGUCCGGCGGCUGUGGAGGAGGCGGUAAAGCUCGAAAUCCACUUGUUCCUAGUCGGGUCCACACCCCACCUCCUGCUUUCGGUUGCACUUCACGGGGGUCCUAUCGGUGGUGGUGGUGGUGGUAGUGGUGGUGGUGCAUGUGGUAUAAGGAUUUGUCAAAUUGAGGGCCAAUCUAGAAGCGAGUAAUAAUAACAUGUAUAAUACUUAUAUGUGCAAGAAAUUAAAGGAGUAGUAAAGUGAUCCCAUGUCCUCUACCUUUACCUUUUCCAUUUCUCCAAAAUAUAAAAAAUUUGGAUUUACUUUUAUAAUUAUUCUGAUCGUUUGUCUUUCUUGGGUUUUAUUUGUUUGAUUCAAUAAGAGAUAAAUAUUUAU